GUCCCUGCAGAUUGCAGCCCUUGGCAAUAUGAAGGGUUGACUCAUGGCAAUUGGACUUCUUGUUGUUAGUUUGAGACAUUUCACUGCUCAGAAACAAACAAACAAACAAGUAGAAAAAUGUCCACUUCCCUUACGGUUGGCCUUCUCCUGCUCUUUGUGGUUGACUAUGGCUCCUCUGAAAACUCCAGUACUCCACGAGGAUGUGGACUGGACCUUCUUCCUCAACAUGUUGCCCUGUGUGAUCUGGAUGCUAUCUGGGGAAUCGUGAUUGAGGCUGUGGCAGGGGCAGGGGUCUUGACCACGCUGCUCCUCAAGUUGAUCUUGCUGGUCAGGCUGCCCUUCAUCAAAGGCAAGGAGAAGAGGAGCCCGCUGGGCCUCCAUUUCCUCUUCUUUUUAGGGACCUUGGCUCUCUUUGGCUUGGCCUUUGCGUACAUCAUCGAAGAGGAUGAGACCGUCUGCUGCGUCCGCAGGUUCUCCUGGGGAGUCCUCUUCGCCGUCUGCUUCUCCUGCUUGCUCGCUCAAGCCUGGCGGCUCUGGAGGCUGGUCCGCCACGGCAAAAGUCCAUCGGGAUGGCAGCUGGCCGGAAUCGCUAUCUGCAUCGCGUUGGUCCAGGUCAUCAUUGCCACAGAGUGGCUGAUACUGACGAUUGUGAGGGAAGGAAAGCUGGCCUGCCACUACGAGCCCAUGGAUUUUGCCAUGGCCUCCAUUUACGUGAUGUUCUUGAUGGUGGUCACCCUGUGUUUCUCCUUCUUCACCUUGUGUGGGAAAUUUAAGAAGUGGAAGAAGAACGGGGUGUGCCUCAUCAUCACCAGUUUCUUCUCAAUCCUCAUUUGGGUGGCUUGGCUGACUAUGUACCUGUACGGUAACAAGGAACUGGGGAGGAGAGAUCAAUGGCAGGAUCCCACCCUUGCAGUGGCUCUGGUAGCCAACGGCUGGGUCUUCCUAAUCUUCUAUGCCAUCCCAGAGGUUCACUGUGCCAUCAUUCCAUCUGAGCAAGAGAACACGCCCAACUACUUCGACACCUCGCAACCGCGGAUGCGUGAGACUGCUUUCGAGGAUGAGCUCCAGCUUCCUCGGAGUUACAUGGAGAAUAAAGCUUUUUCAAUGGAUGAACAUAAUGCAGCGUUACGGACGGCAGGAUUCCGCAACGGCAGCUUGGGGAGCCGUGCAAGCGCUCCCUUCCGAAGCAACGUCUACCAACCCACCGAGAUGGCGGUUGUCUUGAACGGUGGGACUAUUCCAACUGCGCCACCAAGUUACACUGGAAGACACCUAUGGUGAAAAGCUUAGAGGUCAUAGAGGAAGAGAGAGAGAGAGAGAGACAGAAUCCAUUAACAAAAAUUGAUUUCCCCCCCAAUCCCCCCCACCCCCAAAAGUGUGUGUUUUUCAGAGGGAGGAAAUCCAUCGGUGUGUGUGUGUGUGGGUGUGUGUGGAAGGUCCUAGAAACCGAUAGCUCGGAGUUCUUUUCUCCUUUUUUUUUUUUGUAAUAAAACGAAUAAACGAAACAAAAAAUAAAUAUGAGCACUGUCAAAUCGAUAAGCUAACUAUCAGGGACCUCCGCAAGGCGAUAGAAGCUGACUGAAUUUAUAAAGUUAGACCUAAGCAACAUUUCAUAUAUAUAUAUAUAUAUAAAGGGAUCCAGGAUCCAAGAGAAAGUGUUUGGUUUGAGGAAGUGGGAAGGCUUUGGAAGGGGCAAAGGUCUUUAAUUCAUGCAAUUGUGCUUUGUGUGUGGUUGUCCACACAAAAGGAGGCCUUUUGGCUUCUUUGCUACUCUCUGAACAGCAUUCAUGGGGGGUGGGGGCAUUUAGAGCAGCGGGGGGUCUCCAAAUCCAGCAACUUUUAAGACUGGUGGAUUUCAACUUUCAGAACGCUGGCUGAGGAAUUCUGGGAACUGAAGCUCACCCGUCUUAAAACUUUGGAGACCCCUGGUUUAGAGCAAGGUUUCUCAAGCUUGGCCCCUUUAAGACGGGUGGGCUUCAGGUGGGCUGAGGAAUUCUGGGAGUCGGAGUCCACCCUGCCUUAAAGGGGCCAACUUUGAGAAACGCCGAAUUAGAGUAAGCUGUGGAGCUGCAGUAGGGAACCUCGAGCGAUGGGACAGGGUGUGCUACCCUCUUCACGCCCAAGGUGCUGGUGUGUGUGUGUGUGUUUGUGGGUAACCCAGAUCAGGUGUCAACAGUGACCCAAAGUCAGCGGUGUCUUUGCAGGUGGCUCUGCUCUUCUUGAAACCCUACGAGCUUUCACCCAGCUCCUCUUCUCCCAAGAAGCAAUACAGAGCAGUUGGCCAUUAGGAUGCGUUUGGUAGGACCAAGGAAACCGUCUGCCCGGAUGACCAAGGUCACAGGGGGGCAAAGUCUCACCAAUUGUAUCUCCAGAAGGGGAAAAACUUCAGGUGCCAGACAGGUAGCUCAGGAGAAAGACCCAUGGGAACGAUCCCUCCAGGCUUCCCAAGAGUUUUCCCCCCAAAAAGGAAGAUGGUGGAUCACCAAAUGUAUUGUCCUCAUCACGAAUUCAAACCUGAGGUCCUUCUCGGGCCAGGAAAUCCUCUCCACAGGGGCGACCUUAAACCGCCCCCACUCUUCAUUCCCCAUCCUAGUUGAACACUGAAGCCUCAUGGACUGCAACCUUGUUUUGCACAUUGAUUGCCUUUUCUCGUGUGUAUCUGGAACGUUGGGUUAUUAUGGCUGUUACUAUUAUUAUUAUUACUAUUAUUAUUAUUAUUAUUAUUAUUAUUAUCCUUCGAUCGUUUUCACACGGACGUUGAGAAUAUCUUCCUCUCCUCUCCCCCCCCCCGCUCCUUUGUCACACAACACCCUAAUUCUUUCUGCCUUUUCACAUUGCUAUGAUUUCAGUGAUGUUUGGUGAAGCAUUCCUUUCGUGGGUGAGCAUUUUAAAGCAUGUAUAUCUGCCAUUUUUACAUUCGGCUGGCUAGCUAGCACCUGCUUUCUGCUUUCCUAGAGACUAAAAAAAGCAAGUCCUGUUGUUUGGUUGAGAGGUGUGUGUGUGCGUGCGCGCGUGAGCAUUUGUGUGUAUGUGUGAGAGAGAG